UUGACACUUACGGUCAGAAACGUGGUAAGUCUUCUACAGUUACUGGUAUUUGUAAAGGACAUCGUUAUACUAUUGCUGGAUGUACAGAAAAAUAAUGUUUACAGAAUUAAUUCCUUUGACAACUUUUUAGCACUUCACGUGCAAUUAAUUAGAAUUGUCGGCUUUUUUUUUUCAGGGCAUCCGUUUCGUAUGAACUGUGACAUCGAAGAAGACGAUAAAGGUGAACUGUGUUUGGAUUGGGCACGUUCCGGUUUAUGUCUUAACCAUCGUCCAACUAUGUUCCUGUUUUGUCGACGAACCUGCCUUUGUAUUGGUCCUCCAAAUUCUUAA